UCUCAGGGACGCUGCAAAAUCCGGCUUUACAAACAGGAGCCAGAAUCCCGUUAGAAGUGAGCCCCGCUUCUGGGUGCCGUUUGUGGGGUGGCUGGAGCAGCUCGGGGCCCCACGAAUAUUGCAGAUGUGCCCCAUGCGGUGAGUGCCCUGCACUGCGCUGACUCGCAAUACGCUCAGUGGGGGCGGCACGCUGGGAAAUAACCCCAAAUCCCGUAAUAAUAACAGAAGAAAGUUUUGAACGAUGCCUGCGGUUCUCUGGAAAGGAAUGGGAAAGCCGUGAAAGUGCCCAAGGCUUGCCUUUUUGUUUUUUUUCUGUCGUUUUGUUUCACUGAAGGGCUGGAAGUGUUCAAGCAUUUCGUUUAUUGCCAAAGAGAGCUGUUGGAGGACUGCUCCCACAGCUCUGCUUCAUUACAGAACAGGUUUUUCAGGGUCAGCAGGAGGCAGCCAGGAGGAGGUGUGUGACAGGGAUCUUGAAGCCAAUGGCACUGCUGCACCCAACCGAGCAGCACCAACAUCCAUCAUAUCAUAGAAUCACAGAAUCCCAGCAUGGCCUGGGUUGCAAAGGCCCACAGCGCUCAUCCAGCUCCAACCCCUGCUGUGUGCAGGUCGCCAACCAGCAGCCCAGGCUGCCCAGAGCCACAUCCAGCCUGGCCUUGAAUGCCUGCAGGGAUGGGGCAUCCACAGCCUCCUUGGGCAACCUGUGCCAGUGCCUCACCACCCUCUGGGUGACAGUGCUGUGGCUCUGAGGGACAUGGCCGGCGGGUGCAGUGCAGGAAGGGACCCCGGAGGCCAUCAGCGCAGGCCUGCAGCGCACAGCACACCGCAGCUCCUCAGUGCUCAGAGCCCCGUCCCCUGGCCUUGGCUGCGUGCAGGACGGGGCAGCAGCACCUCUGGGCACCCUGUGCAGCGCCUCACCGCCUCACCACCAGCGGCUCCUUCCUGACAUCCACCGAAAUCUGCCCUCCUUGGCUCCGAACCCAUCGCCCUCGUCCUGGCACACGGACCCCGAUGAGAGUCUGCCCUUCUCUCAUACAGCCCUGCAGGCACCGCAGGCUGCUCUCAGCUCUCCCCGCUCCUUCUCUCCAGCAGCACAGCCCGGCUCUCAGCCCGGCUCUCAGCCCAGCUCUCAGCCCGCCCUCGCAGGGAGCUGCUCCAUCACGGAUCACCCUCUGCUGGAGCUGGCGGCGUGCCGGGAUCCUGCUGACGCCGUCGGCUGGGCCCGAGCCGCCACAGCAGCGAGGGCGGUGCCGCGGGGCAGACGGCGGACGGUUCCCAUGGCCGCCGAGCGACGCGCUCAGCCCCUCGCCGGCCGCUGCACGCAGCAUGACGGAGCUGCACCAGGCCGUGGCCGCGGGGCGCCGCGGGCGGGCGGAGCGGCUGCUGCGGGCGGAGAGCUGCGAUCCCAACCGUAAGGACGCGGACUGGGCCGACUGGACCCCGCUGCACUGGGCCGCUGCCAGGGGGCACGUGGCGAUGCUGCGCCUGCUGCUGGCCCACGGCGCCCGGCCGUGCCUGCGCAACGCUGCAGGAUGGACCGCAGCCCACUGCGCGGCCGAGGCGGGGCGGCUGGCGGCGCUGCGCACCCUGCACGCCGCGCACGCCCCCAUGGACGCGGCCGACCCGUUUGGGGACACCCCCAGGAGGCUGGCGCAGAUCUACGGGCACACCGAGUGCGUCACGUUCUUGGAGAUAGCAGAGGUGGAGAGCAGAAACUACCGCCAGACAGCCGCGAUGAGGGGAAUGCCCUUGGACCAGGUGGAUGAAGACUGGGAACUCAAGAAGGAGGAGCUGGAGAGAAACCCACCAUGUGCCCAGCGCAGCUAUGCAACCUCUGCGCAGAAGAAGACGCAGAGGAAGAGAAGGAAGCAGUAGUGUCACUGUGUGUUUGGGGCUGCUGAGAACUCACAGUGCAGAGCAGAGGCACUGGAGCCUCUCAGGGGAAACCCGGGUGGGCAGCAGCAGAGAUGGGUGCCGGGAUGAGCCUCUGUGAUGUGCUGCACAUGCUGUUGUGGUCAUGGGGUGGGUAGGAGUGCUUCUGCCUGCCCUGUAUGCAUCAGGUCUCAAAUAUCAGAAUCACAGAAUGGCCUGGGUUGGAAGGGACCUCAAGGAUCAUGAAGCUCCAACCCCCCUG